AGACGUGAAUACAUUUGCACCGGCGGAUUAAUUCGUGUUGUGAGUGCUGCGGCCCUUGUCACUCUUUCGCUGUGCUGCUCAGAGCGCAUUCUCUGUCUGCGGCUAAGGACCAAUUCAUGCUGAUAUCACAGCAACCUGAAAAUAGGGACAAAGCGACGUAGUUAUUUAGAUAUUAACUGAACUCUUCUGCCAAAAACUCUCUGAUCUAUUCUACACGGAGCAUACCUUUAGAAGAUGCUUCAAAUAAGGGAUCUCAUUUGGACAUUGCUUUUCUGUGGUUAUGCAGCUGCCUUGCAAGUGGAAAUCACUCCAGCCCAAGGAGAAAUCAGCGUGGGAGAGUCAAAAUUCUUUUUGUGCGAAGUUGUUGGAGAUGUGAAGGAAAUAGACUGGUUUGCUCCCAAUGGUGAGAAGCUCCUGCCAGGCAGACCGGACAUCAGCGUCAGCAAAAGUGACGAGUCCUCGUCUACACUGACCAUCUACAAUGCUAACGUCGACCAUGCUGGCAUGUACAAGUGUGUGGCCAAAAGCGGGGAGAAGGAAUCUCAGGGCACCGUCAUUGUAAAGAUUUUCCAGAAACUCACUUUCCAAAAUGCUCCGUCGCCCCAAGAGUUUAAUGAGGGGGAGGAUGCUGACAUCAUCUGUGAUGUCAUUAGCUCGCCACCCCCAACUGUUAUCUGGAAGUUUAAGAAGAUGAGAAUCCAGCCGGAGACUGAUGUCCGUUUCAAGGUCUUGAGCAACAACCACCUCCAGAUCCGUGGCAUCAAGAAGACAGAUGAGGGUGACUACACCUGCGAGGGCCGCAUCAUGGCCCGGGGUGAAAUCGACUUCAGGGUCAUCAAAGUCAUUGUCAACGUUCUGCCAAGUAUCAGAACCCGCUACACCGAGCUGAAUGCCACCGCAGACAUCGGACAGGCUGUGACGUUGGCCUGCCAUGCAGAUGGUUACCCAGAACCCACCGUCACUUGGGCACGUGGUAAUAUCGUGCUGGAAUCAAAUGACAAGUACAGUCUGAAUGAAGAUGGAUCUGAGUUGACCAUCAAGGAUGUCAAGAAGGUUGAUGAAGGAGAUUACCAAUGCAUCGCUAGGAACAAGGCUGGGAAGAGAAGCGAGGAAGUCAGUCUCAGUGUGUUCGUGCAACCGAAGAUCACGUUCCUGGAAAACCUAACAGCCUCGGAGCUGGAGGAGCAGAUCACGCUCACCUGUGAGGCCACAGGUGACCCCACACCCAAUAUCAUCUGGAGCUUCGGGCGCCGCAUCUUCACCGAAAACGAGCAGGCUUCAUGGACUCGACCUGAGAAACACAAGAGCCUGGAUGGUAACGUGGUUGUACGCAGUGAUGCCCGCGUGUCCUCUCUCACUCUGAAAUACGUGCAGUUCACGGAUGCGGGCCAGUACCUCUGCACCGCUCGCAACUCCAUUGGUCAGGACAUCCAGAGCAUGUACCUGGAAGUGCGAUAUGCGCCGAAGAUCCAGGGCCCUGCGGCAGUGUUCACCUGGGAGGGGAAUCCGGCUAACAUCACCUGUGAAGCUCUUGCGCACCCGAGCGCAUCUGUUUCGUGGUUCCGCGAUGGCCAGCUACUGCCCAGCGCUAAUACCACAAACGUCAAGAUCUACAACACUCCAACAAGCAGCUUUCUAGAGGUCACUCCCGAGUCCCAGAACGACUUUGGCAGUUACAACUGUACGGCCAUCAAUGUCAUCGGCACAGAAUCAAAGGAAUUCAUUCUGAUUCAAGCAGAUGUGCCUUCGGCCCCCUCUAUCGAUCGUGUGGUGCCGUAUUCUAGCACAGCGCUAGUGGAAUACGAUGACCCCGCCUCCAGCGGAGGAGUUCCCAUCCUCAAGUACAAAGCCGAGUGGAGGAUAGCAGGCCAAGACUGGACUGACAGAGAGUUUGACGUUGAGGAUGGUCUCAACUUAAUCACCAUCGUUGGGCUGAAGCCCGAGACCGUUUAUGAGGUCAAGGUGUCCGCCAUCAACGGAAAGGGUGAAGGAGAGAGCAGCUCACCAGAGACCUUUAAAACUCAACCUGUCCUGUCUCCAGAGACUCCAACUUCCAUUCCUCCAACCACCACAGACCUUAGGGAACCCAAUCCUCCCAAACUCGAGGCUACACCACAAUCCCCAGGCAACGAGAUGAAGGUCUACCUGAUCAAACAGGACGAUGGGGGCUCUCCCAUAAAACACUAUCUCGUGCGCUACAAACCUAAGCUUCGCCAGGACUGGAAGCCAGAGAUCCGCCUGCCCAAUGGCAGCGAGUACGUUGUGCUGAGGGGUCUGGAAUGGAACACGGACUAUGACAUCUCCGUUGUGGCCGAAAACCUGCGAGGCAAAUCUGAACCUAGAAUCCUCUCCUUCAGGACCUCGCCAGAGCCCACCGCCAUUCCAGAAACCAGCUCAGGUUUGGGCACCGGAGCCAUCGUGGGCAUCCUCAUUGUAGUCUUCAUCCUGCUUCUCUUCGGCGUGGACGUCACGUGCUACUUUCUCAACAAGUGCGGCCUUCUCAUGUGCAUCGCCAUCAACUUCUGUGGCAAGUCCGGUCCCUCUGCCAAGGGCAAAGAUAUCGAGGAGGGAAAAGCCGCCUUCUCAAAGGACGAGUCUAAAGAGCCCAUUGUGGAAGUAAGAACUGAAGAAGAGCGGACGCCAAACCACGAGGGAGGAGGUCCAACUGAACCCAAUGAGACCACUCCUCUGACUGACCCUGAGCAUGCUGCUGAUACCACAGCAACAGUAGUGGACUUGCUUCCCUCUGUAACCACUAACUCCGAUCCCGGCACUCACAGUCCCGCUAGCGAUUCCACCACCCUUACCUCGAGCACCGCCACACCAGCCCCUAAACCCGCCCCCCAAUCCAGCGCCCCCAAAACUAGCGUCACCUCUCCUACCUCCCCACAAGCUGCGCCCGUGGCCCCUCUGGUGGACCUGAGCGAUGCGCCCCCCAACCAGACCCCCAAACCGUCUGAUUCAACCGCCCCGACCUCCGCAGAUUCGGCCAAAGCAGAUUCUACUAAGCUCCCUGUGGGCGAGCCAACUCAGAGCACUGGGCCAAAGAACCCACCUGAGCCUGCUUCCAGCAGCCCUGCCAAUCCCCCCCAAAGUAAGGACUCUGUGGUGCAGGGAGGAGCCCAACAGAAUGCAGAUAGUGACCUUGCCAAGGAUGGGUUUGACAAGCCCUCCAACGCACCGCCCGUGCCCAACCAGGACGAUGGUAAAAUCGCUGUAGAUGAAAAAAGCAAAGCCAUGGAGACGGAGGUAAAGAAAAACCCUACGGAGCUGAAGACGGUUCCCAACGAAGCCUCCCAAACGAACGGCAACGAGAGCAAAGCGUGAUCCAGAAGCGCGCGCCAGUCGCAGGCAGACAGCACCACAUCACAGUCACAUCAAAACACACGUCUCCAAUAAAAAAAGCUUUCUUCGCUGUCUUCUUUGAGUUUGCGGAAGAAAAAAAUAUGUUUGUAGAUGAAUAGAGCGCCUAAAGAGCUCGUCACAUGCCUUUAUUUUCUACUUUAUUUCACGCUCGGUAUUACUGUUGAAACUCGGCUUUCAUGAAGAUGAAGAGAUUUUCUUUACCUCUAGCGCACUCUCCUUGACCUCUUUGAAUAAGAUAGCUGUCUUUCUAAUGGGAUCGGCGUCUUUCGACGAGGUUCGGUAUCAGUUCGACGACUAAGUUCUUAUUUGGAAUGAUGCCUUUACAGACCACGGAAAUAUCUGUGCUGUUUCAGUUACGUCCCGUCUUAUUACUUUCAGUAUUGCCAUCAUUAUCGUCUGCCGCAUCUUAUUAUUUUCGAGAUGUUUUGUGUUUAAAUAAUGUACAAAAGCGACCACCUUUUAUUUUAUGUCUCGUGUUAUUUUUGAGAGUUAGCGAUAGAUUGUUAGUACGCUUGCUUUGCAUCAUUAUUAUUUUUCUAUGUCUUUUAUUACAGCCAGAGCGUUUACAGCGUUUAUUGUGAUAUCUCUCUUAACACGCAGCUUAAGACAUGAACGGUUUCACACACUUAUAGCCCACAGAUCGCCACUAUUUUUUCUAUUACAGUUUUUGUUUAUUUUCUUACUUUCCCGACUCCCACUGAAUGUCCUUUAAUGCCUAUUAACGUCAAGACUUCUUAAAGCGAAUACAAGGUUGAUAGUUGAAAAGAUCUGCGGUGAUACGUUGUAAAAACUUCCCGCAAGUCUUUUCAAAAAACAUUUGAGCUCUCAGAUAGAGAUCAGACGAGCGGCCCACUGCUAGGUUGCACGGUACAUGCAGCUGUUGAACUUGUGGUCUAAUAAAAACAUCAGGGGCGCGUGUAAUGCUCACGGGACGUGCCAUAGCGCAGCGUCAGGAAGUCAAAGUUCUCACGUCGGUUGCUCCGUUGGUUUUUGCUCACUUUGUCGAUAAACAGCUUCGGGAUCCCAUGCAGCGACUGCGCCGUUAGACACAUACUCGAGAAGGAAAAUGUUUGCCGGUUAUGCAUAAAUGGCCAAAUUCGUAUAAUUUUGUAAUUAUUAUUUAAGCCAUAGUACUCCGGUGUGGAUAGUAGCAUCAUGAAUAUUCAGCCUGAUGUUUUUGUACUGUUUCUCGUUAGGCUGCAAGCUUGUGCACUGUGAAUGCUUGAAAUCCUAGUGUGAAUACAGUGUGUUGUUUGUAAUAGAAUAUAAAAGAAUAUCCGUAGGUUGUGAAAGUUGUAGUUCUUAGUUGAAACAAUGAAAACAUUCAUUAUAAGACAAAAAAAAACCAAUGAUGGCAACAGCAGAAAUGAAAUAUGAAAUACAGACACAAAGGAGUUUGUGCCUUCAGUAUGAACAUCCUCUCAUGCGCAGGUCUGCGGGCUGGCCGGUGAUGGUACACAGCUGUCUGUGACAAUAUACCCCACGCUGUAAGAUGGUCCAGAAACUGUGAAAAAUAAAAUUCAACAUGUUAUCACGUGGUUUUUGGGUCUGUUCUAUAUGUUCAGGAUCUCAACAACACGCCUCUAUUUAACUGAUGCAAAGCUUCUUAUAUCAUGUAAGUGCCCAAGACCCGAGCAGACACGCUCACCCGCAUUAAGUUACAAAAUCUAUUCAAGUUUGGUCAAAUGCCUUUUCAGUCUAUUUGGAAAUCUGAAAUAAGCAUGUGGUGUAUUCUGAACUGGAUGUUGUCAUUUGUGUUGAGGUUAAAAUUGAAUUGCUAAAUACCUGAAAAUGUCAAAGGCUUUAUUCAUUGUACAUUUAUUUGAAAUGUCAGUGGACUGUUGUCAUUUCUGUUCACUGUUGACAUUAAGUGCUUUUAUUUGAAUGGCACUUUUUACUAACUUUCAUUAAACAUGCUUAACAGAUCGAUAGUAUAUGAACACACCACACACACACACGAAUGAAUGAAGUUUUAUGACAUGUCUAAUCAUUUGAAUGUACCGCUAGUGCUCUGUUAAGCAUAAGGUGUAAUCAUGUGUGGUAAUGUUAUAAAUGAAAGUUAUUCUAAAGUGUUAGGUUGGAUUCUGGUCUUUGAAAAAAAGAAGACACCAGGUGGUACAAACUAUUCCUUGUGAUCUCAUUCCAACAAUUCAGAAAAGCUCUUGAUUCAUUCAGCUUCCAUUUAAUGUGGGACCAAUUUUUCUUCUGCCAUUUUAAGGACAAGAGUCUGUUUCAAAGUAAUGAUUGUUUCAAAAAGCAUUUACAGGGCUCGUCUUUCGAGCAGUCUGAUGUAAAGACCUUUGAGUCAUUCACUCUCUCUCAUCAUCACUCUCAUCCCAGACCUUUAUAAGACAUCCAUCACUCACAGCUGUAUACAGAUUUUUACAAAAUCAAAUGUUCCACCUCUUUCCCCACUGUCACUGCUGUAAAUACUAACCGAAACGAUUUGACUUCAUUCUGUUGAAAAAUUAUUGUGUUCAAUAAAA